AUGCCUUCAGAACCUAGCAAGGACGACCUCAUCGCCCCUCUGGAGGCUUCCUCCCACCUUGACGAGGCCAACAGGAUACGCCUCCAAGAUGGGCUGUACGAAGCUGCAGAGGCUUUGGAGACACCCGUUGACAUGAUGUACCGGCUCCUUAACCAGGGCAGACAAAUGGCAAUGAUCAAGAUCGGAUACGACCUAGAAAUUUUCACAACUCUCACCAGCCGCACAGAACCACACUCAGUAGAAGAGUUAUCAGUGCCAAAAGGCGCGGACCCGCUUCUUGUAUCUCGGCUGUUGCGAUUCUUUGCAGCAAAUCGCAUGAUCACGGAAACGAGUCAGGAUUACUUCACAGCCAACAAGUACACCAAGGGACUCUCUGACCCUCGAAUUCGAGGUGGGCUGUUGCAUGGCUUCCACAUCAGCAAUCCAACUUGGCAAGCCCUGCCGGAAUACCUGCAGGAAAACAACUACCAAAACACGACCGGGGGCCAUUGUGCUUGGCACAAGGCUGCCAAUACCGAGCUAGAUUUCUUCCCAUGGGCAAAGGAGAACCCUGAGAUUCUGAAAUAUUUCCAGCAACUCAUGAGUAUCAUGAUGCUUCCGAAAGAUGGCAGCUGGCUUGAUGUUAUCCCGAUUGCGAAUGAGACGCGGUCUAUUGCGGACGGCAAUGCUAACCGAAAGGUAUUUGUUGAUAUUGCUGGUAGUAUUGGUCACCAAUGUUUGCGACUUCUAUCCAAGCAUCCCGAUCUGGCUGGUCGAGUUGUUCUCCAGGAUCUGGAGGAGACUUUCCAACGUGCGCCGAAGAUUGAUGGGGUGGAGUUUAUGGUGCAUGACUUCUUCAGGGAGCAGCCGGUCAGAGGUGCUAAAUUUUACUACCUUCGUAUGAUCAUCCAUGACUGGGAGGAUGACAAGGCAGUGGAGAUCCUGAAAAAUAUUGUGCCGGCCAUGGCGGAUGAUUCGCAGAUUUUGAUUGAUGAUGUGGUUCUCCCUAAUACUGGUACUCAUUGGUGGAGUACCUGUAUGGAUAUGCAGAUGUAUAUCAUGCACGGCGCGAUGGAGAGGACUGUUGACCAGUGGCAUGCGCUUUUGGACAAGGCGGGCUUGAUGGUGGUGGAAAUCAAGACGUAUGGUGCUGUCAUGCGGAACUCGGUGGUUGUAGCUGUGCCGAAGUAG